AUGUUGGAUUCCACCGAGGAAAUCCGGGUGCGGACAGACGAGCCCCCGCCGCCCAAGCGCCGCCGCAUUGCGGCCCCUCCCAAACCACGCACGACUGCCUACAUCGACCUGGAGAAGCGCGGCGUGGAGGAGGACGAGAAUCUCCAGAGGCUCCUGUCGGCUCUGCGGAAGAAGAAGAAGAUUGUGGUCAUUGCGGGCGCAGGCAUCUCCGUUUCCGCAGGGAUCCCAGACUUUCGCUCGUCCACGGGCUUGUUUGCCACUCUCCGUGGACAGCACAAGCUCAAGGCGUCCGGGAAGCACCUCUUUGACGCGUCAGUGUACAAGCACGAUGCGUCAACUGAGUCCUUCCACACCAUGGUCCGUGAGCUGGCCCAGAUCACGUCCAAGGCGAAGCCAACUCCCUUUCACCACAUGCUCGCCUCAAUCGCCGCCGAGGGGAGACUUUUGCGCAUGUAUAGCCAGAACAUCGAUACCCUCGACACCCAGAUGCCGCCGCUGGCAACAACGGUUCCUCUGAACACCAAGGGACCAUGGCCCACUACCGUCCAGCUUCACGGCGGGCUCGAGAAGAUGGUUUGCACAAAGUGCGGCCACAUAGAACCCUUCAAUGCGUCUCUAUUUGAGGGCCCGGAGCCCCCAUUGUGCGAGAAUUGCAAAGAACAGGACGAAGUACGGACCGCCUUUGCAGGAAAACGCAGCCACGGAAUCGGCAGGCUCAGGCCCCGCAUAGUCCUGUACAACGAGUACAAUCCCGACGAGGAGGCUAUCGGGAAUGUGUCCAAGGCCGACCUGCGGAGGGUGCCCGACGCGGUUAUCGUGGUGGGCACGAGUCUCAAGAUUCCCGGAGUGCGGAGGAUUGUCAAGGAAAUGUGUCAGUUGACCCGGAGCAGAAGGGACGGCCUCACAGCGUGGAUCAACAUUGAUCCAGAGCCCCAAGGCGCCGAGUUCAAAGACUGCUGGGAUCUUGUCGUGCGCGCAAAGUCCGACGAUAUCGCAGAACUCGUCAACCUGCCGCGUUGGGACCAGCAAGACAUAGGAGAUCCCAAGGGCUACAUGGUCUCGGGAGACGAACAGAAGGAGAAGCGGUGUGCAGACAGUCUGAAACGCGACAGGGUCGACGUCUUGCUCGAGCGCAAGCGCUCAGGAGGCGCAGACAAGGACGGGUUCGUCUCCCCGCAAGCGUCGCAGACGAUUACGGACCAGACGCCGCGGCCGCUCGAGCAAGGAAGCAUGCCCACCCCGAGCGGGAGCCCACGGGCUCUCAGCCCGGUUUCCACGGCCAAACCGGUGGCCAAGGGCCAGUCGAAGCAGAGCACCCUCACCUUCGGCAAUGGCCUCCCUUCGAAACCUACCCAACCGUCGAAAAAAGCACCCGCCAAGCGGAAAUCCCGCCAACCGAGGAGAGAGCCCACGAAGCCCAAAAACAGGCUGGACCAGACUUUCCGCGCCACAAAGGCCAGCGCUGCGGCGCCUCUCAAAGACGCCCAAACGCCACAGAAACAGCCCCCUUCCGACCCAUACUCCUCAGACCUAUCCUCCCCUCUCGACUUGCCAAACGACUUCGUCAGCCUGCCCUCGCUGCGUCCCGAAAACAAGGUCGGCAAGGUCGCCCCGCUCACCAUCCUCACCAAGCCGCCAGACGCCGAUGGGUACGCCGCGGCGUGGCAGCCGGGAAGAAAGGGCGAGGACGGCACGCUGACGACGCCUACCGAGGACUCGAACGCGGCAGCAGCCCUGGGGACCAUCUCGCCUCGGUCGAAGCCCAGGAGCAUGGGGCAUCUUAUCGAUUGA